AUGGCAAUGACAGAGGCGGCGACCCAACAACAUGACCAGCCCGGCCGGUUAGGCCGUCGAGGGCCUUUCUCCGCCUUGAUGAAGAAACUCGCGAACCUAAAAACCGCCUCGUCUAGUGAUGGGAGCCGUCACUCUGCUUCGAAAAGAGGCGGCGCGAAGAAACCUCCCAACAACCCAUACCCACAGUCUGGCCGUAUCGUCGUGAGCAGUUCCCCACGAGUCAGUCACUACUCAGUGUCCUCGGGGCCGAGUCAACAACUGGCAAGCGUAUCCUCGCUCAACCACUCCGGCUCGUUGCGGCGAUCCAGCGACGAACAACCCCCACCGACAAUGGGCGGCCAUUCGAUAGCCCCGACCGUCUCAACCGACCAGGGCACCUACCGAUCCACAAUCACAUACUCACGCCGCGACUCGUCGCUCGCUGGGACAAGCCGAACCGCAACCGACCGGAGAGGCGGUAACAGCACCUUCUCCUCGCCGGCACCGUCCGUCCGGUCGCUCACGACGACCCUAACAACAAUACAAACCGUAAAUCCAAUCCCCGGCGGUGGAGGAGGGGGUGGCGUGGGCACCCAACAGACAACGAACCACCACUCCCACAACUCCAACUCCCAAAUCAUCCACUUCCACCAGCCCUUCCCGACGAAUUCCCCGGCCUCCGCCAUCCCGGCCCACAUGGCCACCGCAAGUGGCAGCACCUCCAGCGCUUUCCAGCACAACACCUACACCACGGCGACCGCCAACAACCUCCUCACCGACAACGCCUCGAUCCUAACGCUCGCGUCCUCCUCCAAGCGCCGACGCCGCCGCUCCUUCGACACCGACGCCUCGGUCCGCGCGCUCGCACCGUCAUCCCUCUGGGGCGGCUCCCGCGAGUCUCUACCACUAAGCGUACUCUCGGCCACCAUGGACGGCGGGCCGACCACACCCGGCCUACACCGUGGCGCGGCGGAGCGCACGAGCAUUUACUCGGCCACGGGGAUCCUGGGGACCGCGGCGGGGAGUGACCGGAAUAGCUUUUAUGCGAAGCAGGGGUUUACGGGGGGAGUGAGUGGUGGUGGAGACGGCGCGAGUGUGAGGAGUGGGUUGUUGGGACAUGGUAGGGCGGAUAGUGUCGCGGGCAGUAUUGGUGGGGGGUUGAUUGUGCCGUCUGGGACGAGUCCGUUGUCGAGUCCGAGGGAGGAGGAGAAGGAGGCGGAGGCGGAGGGGGUGGAUGAGACGAUGGAGAAGAUUUGA